AUGGAACAAGCUGGUGAUCGUACGGCCUUGCUGUCGCAUCGGGAUGAUGAAGAGUCAAUUGGCCUGGGUUCUCAUCCCGCCGACGUCUUGCCUGCAUCUAACAAUUCAGUGCACGGGGGACGCGGCAUUACUUCGAAGCUUGGCAAGAAGAGUACUUUGGCCGCCCUUCUCAAACUGAACCUGGUCACCGUCGUCACAACUCUAAUGCUUCUGGUUCUUUUUGGCGGGAUUUUUGCGCCGUUCCUCCAUGGACGAGUGUUUCGGAGACGAGAUCUUGAAUGCACUAGUGUCAAGCUCGGAUACCAGUGCAACCAGCCGUUUGCUCAGCUCUGGGGCCAAUAUUCCCCCUAUUCUUCUCUGAAGUCAAAGUCUCCCAUCUCUCCGGAUGUACCGUCUGGAUGCACUAUUACUUUUGCCCAAGUCCUGUCCCGGCAUGGAGCAAGGUAUCCCACGAAGAAGAAAACCGAGCUCUACGCAAAACUCUUUGAUCGGAUCAAGGAAACCAGCAAGUCUUAUGAGGACGACUUCAAGUUCCUGAAAAACUUUGAGUAUACGCUGAAGAGCGAUGAUAUGACAGAAUUCGGGAACACCCAACUCUUCAAUUCUGGGGCAAAAUUCUACGAUCGCUAUAGGGGUUUGGCGAAGGAGAUACGACCGUUCGUUCGAGCUGCCGGGUCUCCGAGGGUGAUCAAGUCAGCAGAGAGAUUUAUUCAAGGAUUCCAGAAGUCCUUGGGCCUUGAUCCUGAUGGUGUCGAGAAGGAUAGACCCCCUAUCGUCAACUUGAUUAUCCCUGAAGGAGAGUCGAGUAACAAUACACUUGACCACUCUUUAUGCGAAAACUUCGAACAGGAUAAUUCAGGAAAAGAGAAGCAGAAAAAAUUCGUGGACCUAUUUGCCCCUCCAAUUCUUGAGCGUGUGAAAACUCAUCUCCCUGGCGCCAAUAUUACGGUCACAGAUGUGAUCUACCUCAUGGAUAUGUGCUCCUUCCACACCGUGAUGUUGACGCCCGACGCGAGCAAACUAUCUCCAUUCUGCCAACUCUUCACCCCAGGCGAAUGGGUUGACUAUGACUACUACCAGUCUCUUGGGAAAUAUUACAGAUAUGGGCCAGGCAGCCCGCUCGGUGCUGAGCAAGGCAUGGGAUUCACCAACGAACUCAUAGCCCGUCUCACAAACACCCCCGUCAAUGACUCGACUUCCACCAACCGCACUCUUACCUCUCACCCGACCACCUUCCCGCUAAACGCCACUCUCUACGCAGACUUCAGCCAUGAUAACACUAUGAUAACGAUCUUCACGGCCUUGGGGCUGUUCAAUAGCACGGAACCACUCCCCCUUGACCGCAUCCGGACCCCCGUAGAGUCGGACGGAUUUUCUGCGUCGUGGACGGUCCCGUUUGCCGGUAGGGCUUACGUUGAGAAGAUGAAGUGUGACUGGUCGCCAAGGAAGGAUGACGAGUUUGUGAGAAUCUUGCUAAAUGAUCGUGUUUAUCCGCUCCAUGGGUGUAACGUGGACUCAUUAGGCCGGUGCGAGGUUAAUGAUUUUGUUAAGGGGCUGAGCUAUGCAGCGAGCGGGGGAAUGUGGGACAGAUGCUUUAUUAAGAAAUCGGGUAAUAGUUAAGGGGGAGUGAAAUGUUUCUUUUUUGGUGUUUUCUUCUUACUUCGGAACCUUUUGAUAGGAAUGGGUGAAUUUUGGGAACGACUUGAUGAUGUAAUUAUGAUAGAUGACAUGAACAAGGACUAAGCGGGGCGAAUGAGGUAUUGCGACAAGGGAUGAUACGGUUU